UGGUACACUCAGUUGCUGCAGAGCAUAGGUUACAUCUUUAUGUACUGUUACAAGUAUUAUCGUCAUAUAGUAGUAUCUGCUGACAUCUUGUCCAAUAUAGUUAAUGAAUUAUGGCUUAAUAAUGAUCAAAUUUACUAAAAAUCAGUAUAGAUUAACAUUCAGAUACAGAUUAGUUGUUGCUUAUCAGUUCUGAACUAUUAAGAAAGCCAUUUUAGACUGUUUCUUCCAUCUCUUAGAAGUCUGAUGCUUGACUUCUAAUCCGAAUGUUCUUGUUUUAAUUCCCUGAGAAAUGCCACCCUUCUACCUGGAAGACAUUUGGCUACUCCCACCACUGCAGCCUCAAUGGCAGGGGACAACGUGUCCUUCGCGGACUUCACCCUCGGGGGGCUGUUCGGCACCGAGGAAACUGGGGGCCUUGUCUUCGCGGUCAUCUGUGUCGUCUUCUUCACGGCUCUGACGGCCAACCGGGUCAUGGUCGUGCUGAUCCGCGCUGACGCGCGCCUGUACACGCCCAUGUACUUCCUGCUCAGCCACCUGUCGCUCAUCGACAUGCUGUGCAUCUCCACCAUCGUGCCCAAGAUGCUGGUGGACUACCUGCGGGGCCAGAAGACCAUCUCCUUUGCGGGCUGCACGGCGCAGCACUUCCUCUACCUGACGCUGGUGGGCGCCGAGUUCUUCCUGCUGGGCCUCAUGGCCUACGACCGCUACGUGGCCAUCUGCAGCCCGCUGCGCUACCCGGUGCUCAUGAGCCGCCGCGUCUGCUGGCUGAUCAUCGCGGGCUCCUGGCUGGGGGGCUCGCUGGAUGGCUUCCUGCUCACGCCCAUCACCAUGAGCUUCCGCUUCUGCGGCUCCCGGGAGAUCGACCACUUCUUCUGCGAGGCGCCCGCGGUGCUGAGGCUGGCGUGCGCGGACACGGCGCUCUACGAGACGGUGAUGUACGCGUGCUGCGUGCUGAUGCUGCUGACGCCGUCCUCGGUGGUGGUCGCCUCCUACGCGCGGAUCCUGGCCGCUGUCCCGCAUGAGCUCGCGGCCGAGGGGAGGAGGAAGGCCUUCCCCACCUGCUCUUCCCACAUGAUCGUGGUGACCUUGUUCUACGGGGCCGCCAUGUACACCUACAUGGUGCCGCAGGCUUGCCACCAGCCAGCGCAGGACAAAGUCUUCUCCGUCUUCUACACGAUCCUCACGCCCAUGCUGAACCCGCUCAUCUACAGCCUGAGGAACAAGGACGUGGCCUGCGCUCUGCAGAGGGCCCUGCGGAGACUCAGGAGACUCCGGGGCUCUCAAGGAGUGUCCCGAGAGGCCUUCUGACAGCCGGGUCUGGUCGUGCAGAUGACAAUGGGAACCCUGGCUUAGUGGCCGAAAGCAGCUAACUUGAAAGUGUGUCCCCUGUACUUCCCUCUCUCAGCUCUUUUUCUGUUCUUACAUCUCCUUUUUGCCCUACUCAGUUCACAUGUACGCAAAAAUAAAUACCUAGUGGUUUCCAGAAACAAAAGUUGGAAAAUUUCCCCUGGGGUUUU